AAACCCCGAAAAUCUGAGCCGACAAAUUGCAGAGCAAACACAGCCAUACAGUUCGAGAGAGAAGCGAGUUGCGUUGGCUGAUGCGGCAGAAAGGGAGACUGUACAACCGCAGAUCUAGGAGCUUUUCGAGAUCUCGUAUUGCCAUUGAAGGUUGUUAGCGAUCAGCUUCCUGUCAUUUUGCUCUCAUCAUUUUUAUCUACAGAUUUCAAAUCUCUGUCGCUCGAUCUGCGGUUGUGUUGCUACCUCUGUGUUAACAAUGGCUGCUGUGCAAGAGCGUGAGAUGCAAAAGAAUUACUGGAUCGAGCAUUCAUCGGAUCUUUCCGUGGAGGCAAUGAUGCUCGACUCCAAAGCUGCCGAUCUUGACAAGGAAGAACGACCUGAAGUCCUUUCUAUGCUUCCCCCAUAUGAAGGGAAAUCAAUUCUGGAACUUGGAGCUGGUAUUGGUCGUUUUACCGGUGAACUAGCAAAGAAGGCUGGUCAUGUCAUUGCUUUGGACUUCAUUGAGAGUGUCAUUAGAAAGAACGAGAACAUCAAUGGAAGCUACAAAAAUGUCAAGUUUGUGUGUGCUGAUGUGACAUCUCCUGACCUGAAGAUUUCUGAUGAAUCAGUGGACAUGAUAUUCUCCAAUUGGCUUCUUAUGUAUUUGUCAGAUAAAGAGGUGGAAAAUUUGGCAGAAAGGAUGGUCAAAUGGUUAAAGCCUGGUGGUUUUAUCUUUUUCAGAGAGUCAUGCUUCCAUCAAUCAGGAGAUUCUAAGCGAAAAUACAACCCGACUCACUACAGAGAACCCAGAUUUUACACAAAGGUCUUUAAAGAGUGCCAAAUGCGUGAUAAUUCUGGAAACUCCUUUGAGCUGUCUCUUAUAGGCUGCAAGUGCAUUGGAGCUUAUGUCAGAAACAAAAAGAACCAAAACCAGAUUUGUUGGAUAUGGCACAAAGUCAGUUCAGAGGAUGAUAAAGGAUUCCAACAGUUCUUGGAUAAUGUUCAGUAUAAAACCAAUGGCAUACUACGCUAUGAGCGUGUCUUUGGACAAGGUUUUGUUAGCACAGGAGGAAUUGAAACAACAAAAGAAUUUGUUGCUAAGCUGGAUCUUAAACCUGGCCAGAAAGUCCUUGAUGUUGGCUGUGGUAUUGGGGGAGGUGAUUUUUACAUGGCUGAGAACUUUGAUGUCCAUGUGGUUGGCAUUGACCUUUCCGUAAAUAUGAUUUCCUUUGCUCUUGAGCGUGCUAUUGGAUUGAAAUGCUCUGUUGAAUUCGAAGUUGCUGAUUGUACCAAGAAAGCAUACCCUGACAACAGUUUUGAUGUCAUCUACAGCCGUGACACCAUUCUUCACAUUCAAGACAAACCUGCGUUAUUCAAGUCCUUCUACAAGUGGUUGAAGCCAGGAGGUAAAGUCCUUAUUACUGAUUAUUGCAAAAGUGCUGGAACUCCAUCACUGGAAUUUGCGGCAUAUAUUAAGCAGAGAGGAUAUGAUCUUCAUGAUGUAAAAGCAUAUGGUCAGAUGCUUCAGGAUGCUGGAUUCGAUGAGGUCAUUGCAGAAGAUCGAACCAAUCAGUUCCUUGAAGUUCUGCAGCGGGAGCUUAAUGCUAUCGAGAAGGAAAAGGAUGCAUUCAUUGUUGACUUCUCCGAAGAUGACUAUAAUGACAUAGUCGGUGGAUGGAAAUCAAAGCUACUCAGGAGUUCAUCUGGGGAGCAAAGAUGGGGCUUGUUUAUCGCAAAGAAAAGUGGUUUCUGAUAAUAACAGUACCAAUAAUAUGUACCUUGAGUUGCUUUUUUAAGUAUUUCAAAUAAUGUGUUGGCCUGACUAUAUGGUCUUUAGUUAAUGGUUUGUCGUACUAAAGUAAUUAAGCUAUCAUCUUCGUUAUACGGUGUUCUAAACACCUUUGGCGACUAUAAGCAGUCGAACUUCCCGAUGAAUGAAGUGUUGGGUCACAUGAUGCCUUUCUGAUUGUUCGAUAUUACGAUAAAAUCUCUCAAUACUAGUCUCUCUAUUUAAUCUAA